CUUCUUCUUCACAAAACUCCUUAAAGAAUUUAUCGACAUAGAGUUUUCCACAGCUAAAGAAACAAAGAAACAUUCAACCAUGGCUAUUAGUAUGACAAAAAUUCUGCGUGCUACUAAACCCAGCCUCAGGAGGUCAUCUUCAAGAACUCACAAAGAAAGUGAGGUUCCUAAGGGUCACUUUGCAGUUUAUGUUGGUGAGGGUGAAAAGAAGCGUUUUGUCCUUCCGAUAUCAUACUUGAAUGACACUUUAUUCCAAGAUUUGCUCAGUCAAGCUGAGGAAGAGUUCGGAUUUGAUCAUCCAAUGGGAGGACUCACAAUACCCUGUCCCGAGGCUACUUUCCUUGACAUCAUCUCUAGCUCGAAUUGAUUAUCAUCAUAGAAUACAGAUAGAGAUGACUUAGCGUAGUUUAGUCAACAAUUCUUUUUGUGUAUAUGAGUUACCCUGUACAGUUGAUAUAGAGAUUAUACUAUAAUACUUUGGAGGUUUUUCUGAUUUGUCAUGCUACUCACAACACAGUAACAGAAGUUAGUUCAGAC